GUCUGCGUCUUCCUAGUCUUAUUACUGUAACUUUUUUAGCUCUAGAUAUCAGAGUGAGAAUGGAAAUCCAGAUCUAAACAUUGUAGUAAAGAACACAACAAUGUGAUUUUAACACAUAGUAUGCUUACUGAGCCAUCUCAUUCAUUUACUUGGUUGAAAAUAUGUGAUUGUGUGCCAACUUUAAUAUAAAUCAGCAUGAGUCGAAGUGUUCGUGAUUUACGUGACCUAAUUUGUGUCUCGCGAUUAACAUACCGUGAAAGUGACGAGGAAGAUGUAGGUAGUGACCAAGAGGAGGUAACUGCAGAUUUAGAUGCCUUAUCAUUGACAAGUAGUGGCUCUGAUACACCUACAACUUCCUUAAAGGAUCCAUCCAGAGCAAUCUCACCUGACUCUGGAUUUGUAACUAAUGGGUCUCCAACAGAAUCCAACUCCAAACAAGCAGCAGGUUCUAAACCAGGUUCUAAAAAGAAGCGACGGAAAAAAUUACAUACAUUUCCAACUCGACAUGACUUACCGAAAUCCUCUCCACUUCCUCCAUUGUCUUCAAAACAAACUAAUCAACCGGCAUGUGCGUCUGGGAAAUCAUCCCAUGAUAAGGGUAAUUUUGAUCAGAUGAUGUGUUUUAUGGAUGCCACCGUAGUAUCUGGUUGGUUAACUCGUGCGACUGACUCUGUAGAUGAUCUCUCCAAAUUUUGUAAUGCUAAUGACAAUUUUGUUCAGUUUGCUCAUUUUUGGUUGUCUGAUUUUCCAGAUGUACAAAAACAAGAAAUAUAUGAACUUGAAUUUAAUAUUCUCAUGGAAGAAAUAGGUCUGGCGUUUGCUGCCGGUAGAGACAAUCGGCAGAUAGUGCAUCGAGAUGUUUUAAAUUUAGUAUCUGCAUUGUUUAGAGAAUAUCCAGGGAAAUUAGUUAGUUCCAAAGGAUCACAUUUAUUUUUAAACUAUUUAGAUAUCAUGUCAUCAACGAAUGAAAAAGACAAGUAUCGAAAGCUUUUAUCUGAUGUUCGAUGCUCAACACGGAAUAGACAAUAUGCUCAGUGGCUACUGGCUAUUAGAUCCUUUGCUUUGGUUAAUGUAUGGACAGCAAUUACAAACUUUUUCCGUAAUUUACGUGGAGAACCACUUAACACGACGUAUCCCACAUCAAGUGCUCCUCCUAAUGUUCACCAGUACAGAUUUUCACAGGCAAUAAGGCAUGAUUAUAUUGAUGUUAUUCACUAUUUGAUAGUAAGUGGUCGUGUUAAUCCAAACUACACAGAUAAUCAUAAUAGAACCUGUAUAUUUACUGCCGUGAUGCACAAUAAACCAAAAGUUGUACAAUAUCUUCUUCACAGGGUGAAGCCAGCUAUAGAUAUUAAUUUACCAUCAGAUACUGGAAAUACUGCACUUCAUGCUGCUGCUAAUACUGGUCAUUAUUCAGUAGUUAGUGAAUUAUUAUCAUGUCCAGAUAUUGACAUUAACUGUAAAAACAUGCAGUGUGAGCAGGCCACUCCGAUACAUUAUGCUGUUAUGCAUGGUCAUGUGAAAGUGGUUGAGUUGUUACUGAAAUCAGGUGCAGAUAAAAACCUGAAAAUGGGUGGUUUAUCAAAUUCAAUGGAUAUUGCCAGAGACUUUGGUCAUAUAGAUAUAUUAAAGAUGUUACUACAAUAGGUAACAU